UAAAGUUGUUUGCAUGAAAAGGAAGUUCCUUUCCCCCCACCCAUUAUGAACCACUCCCUCUGAAAUAGAAGCUCUGCUAACUUCUGCUACCAACACUGCUGCUACAAAAGUUUCCACAUUACACAGACUUACUGAUUACAAAUACUGUGUUAUGGAGUAAAGUGGAUUGUCUUCAUCACAAGUGCAAGUAAGGAUUCACCUUUUUUGUAGAUUGUGAGAUAAAGAACGAAAAAAAGAGGAAAAUGUUUCACAUCUUUGCUUCUAUUAAACCAACACACCUGCACUGAUAUAACAAAGAUGGAACUCGGGCAAGUCCAUACUUGGAAAACCAUUGACGGCAGUAAAUCAGUAUUGCAUUAUUGGACUUGACAAGACAGAGCGGGUUUUAGUGAAUUGUAAAUUUCCCAGAAUGUUCAAGAAUUGCAGACGAGUUCGAAAAUCGACUUUUCUACAGCUUGUCUCAAUGUGCUGUAUCUUGUCAGUGCUCAUGGUUUGUUGGGACCAAGUGGAUCACCAUGUUGUGAGCCAUGUAAAGUCAUACUCCUACCGCUAUCUGAUCAGCAGCUACGACUUCAUCAACAAAAGCCUAAGUGUCAGCCCAAAGGAAGCUGCCCAGUUUGGCAGUUUCCCAUUUCUGCUCAACAACGAGAACAUUUGUAAAGACCAGGAUGUGUUGCUGCUUCUUUUUGUGAAAUCCUCUCCAGGAAACUUCAAAAGAAGACGGGCCAUUCGCUCCACUUGGGGCAACGAGUCCUACAUAAAAAAUGAGCUGGGUGUUAUCGUGAAGGUAGUGUUUGCAAUGGGUGUUCACCCAGAUAUACCUUCUAAGAUUAUCAUACAGAAGACAUUGCACAAGGAACACAUGAACCACGGUGACCUGAUUCAGCAGGACUUUCUCGACACCUUUCACAACCUCACUGUUAAACUUCUACUUCAGUUUCGCUGGACGCACGAGAACUGCGCCCAUGCCCGGUUCCUCAUGACUGCUGAUGAUGAUGUAUUUAUCCAUUUACCUAAUUUGGUACACCACAUUCAGGACCUUGGCAGACAGAAUGUGCGUGACCUCUGGAUCGGCCAUGUGCACCGGGGAGCACCUCCCAUUCGCCAAAAGAACAGUAAAUACUACAUGUCCUUUGAGAUGUACCAGUGGAGCUCCUAUCCAGAUUACACUGCUGGGGCUGGGUAUGUUGUCUCGGGAGAUGUGGCUGCCAAAAUCUAUCAGGCCACCCUGUCUCUUAAUGCCUCUAUGUACAUUGAUGAUGUCUUCAUGGGUAUCUGUGCCAUUUUAGCAGGUGUCUCACCCCAGGAACAUGUUUACUUCUCGGGUGAGGCGAAAACACCCUAUCACCCAUGCAUCUAUGAAAAAAUGAUCACCUCUCAUGGACAUGCGGAUGAUGUCAGGUAUCUGUGGAAGGUUGCAACUGCCCCACAGGUACAAGAGAUAUCCUCUGGAUUAUUGGGGAAUCUGUAUUGCACAGCUGUGAAAAUAAUGCUUCUUUGUAAGCCGUACAAUUCUAACACCUAUUCGUGCAUGGCAGCUUUUACAUAAUGCACUGUGAGUCCAAACAGUAUUUCAUAAUUUGUUUCCUUUUGCUUUCAAUGUUAAAUAUUGUGUAAUUUUUCAAUAAAGAUAAAAGCUAUGCACCUAAGCAUUUGUUUACUGCUGCUGCUUUUUUAAUGUUUUCAUUAUUUUUGGGCAUUUGUAAGUUUAAUAUAUAAAAAAGAAACAUCCUUUCACUUUCAACUGCUUUUAUUUUCAGCAAAUUUAACAAGUGUAAAUAUCUGUAUGAACAUAAAAAGAUUCAUCAACUAAGACAUAAACUGAACAAGUUUCACAGACAUGUGACUAACAGAAAUAACAGUCAGGAUCAAAAGUAACAGUCAGUUUGUGGUGUGGCCACCAGCUGCAUUAAGUACUGCAGUGCAUCUCCUCCUCAUGGACUGCACCAGAUUUGCCAGUUCUUGCUGUGAGAUUUUACCCCAAUGUUCCACCAAGGCACUUGCAAGUUCCCAGAAAUUUCUGGGGGGAAUGGCCCUAGCCCUCACCCUCCGAUCCAAUAGGUCACAGGUGUGCUCAAUGGGAUUGUGAUCCGGGCUCUUCGCUGGCCAUGGCAGAACACUGACAUUCUUGCAGGAAAUCAUGCACAGAAUGAGCAGUAUGGCUGGUGGCAUUGUCAUGCUGGAGGGUCAUUUCAGGAUGAGCCUUCAGAAAGGGUAUCACAUGAGGGAGGAGGAUGUCUUCCUUGUAACACCGCAUUUAGAUCACCUACAAUGACAACAAGCUCAGUCCGAUGCUGCAGUGACACACCGCCCCAGACCAUGAUGGACCCUCCACCUCCAAAAUGAUCCCACUCCAGAGUACAGGCCUUGGUGUAACACUCAUUCCUCCUUCGAUAAACUUCGAUAAAUUAUUAUUUUAAUAACCCCAAUACCUUUUACCUUAAUAACAAAGAAAAUGGAAAAAUAUAAUUCUCAUUACUUUAAAUAUUUUAGAGUUUGGUUUAAUUUUAACAAAAUGGUAGUACUUAUUGUUCUGUCUUUUCAUUUAAGCUAAUAAAUAAUCAGUAAGACCACAAAAAGGUUGUUUUCAUUAACGUUAGUUAACUACAUUAGUUAACAAUCAACAGCAUUUUACGUUGACCAAGAUUAAUAAAUACUGUAAAAAAUUAUAAUGUUCAUUGUUAGUUUAUGAUACCUUACCAAUGUUAACAAAUAUAAUCUUAUUGUAUAGUGUUACGAAAUAAUCAUUAUUUUGUUACUUACAAGUACUGUAUAGUAUUAUAUAAAAAAAUUGUAAUUAAGUAUUUUUUUCUGUGUUUUGUUGUGAAAUGUGAUCUGGGAGUUUUUGUAAGAUCCAUCAUGCUCUGUUUAAAUAAGUGUGUGUGUGGGUUUUUUUUUUUAUUGUUCUUUUAUACUGUUAGUUAAAAUUUUCAUAUAAUGCAUCAUCACAAUAGUGCACACCUUCUUUGUUAAAUAUUAGUAGAGAAGUGUUGUAAAGUAAAAAACUUCUCUGAUCAUUUACUUACCCUCAUGCAAUCCCAGGUGUGUAUGACUUUUUUUCAUCUGCAGAACACAAACAAAGAUUUUUAGAAAAAUAUAUCGGCUCUGUAGUUCAAUACAGUGCAAGUGAAUGGUGACCAAAACUUUGAAGCUGCAAAAGGCACAUAAACACUGCAUAAAAGUAAUUCAUAAGACUCCAGUGGUUUAAUCUAUGUCUUCUGAAGGAAUCCAAUCAGUUUUGGGUGAGAACAGACCAAAAUGUAACUCUAACAUAACUUUUUUACUACAAAUCUUCACACAUGCAGUCUCCUUGCCUGUACCAUGGCUCUGUCCACUUCUGCAUUUAAGUGAGAUGCAACUGAUAAGACCAACAGCAUUUAAUUGCAAACUGAGAUGUGCGAAUUGCACAAAACCUUUCAAAUCUUCACACAUGCAACUUCAAGACCGACUACACUUCCUAGUGUCAUCUACUGCUCUAUGCAUGCGUCAAGCUUUAAUAAGAGUAAUCAAGCUUGAAAUCAUGAUCGUGCCCAGAGACCGCAAUGACAAGAUUUACAUUGAAAAAGGAUUUACAUUUUGGUCUGUUAUCACCCAAAACCCAUUGGAUCGCUUCAGAAGACACAGAUUAAACCUCUGGAGUCUUAUGGAUUACUUUUAAGCUGCGUUUAUGUGCUUUUUAGAGCAUCAC